GCGAUGCGGCGCUGGAUCCCUUCGUGCUGCAUCCGCGUCCGUGACCAGCAACCAUGCUAGAUCUCUUGUUUUUCAAAAGCUCCGAUCGAGAGCAACGCUAAUUUAAGAAGAGGUGACAGUCCGAUGUGCAAAGAGGCCGAGCUAUGGCGUGGAAGGCGGUGGCCAUUGGGUAUAGAAUUCCACGACUGUCGCUUGCUCCGCCCAUUCCAGCGUCUAGAGCCGUAAAGUUUGGAGAUGGAAGAAGGCCGGCGUGGGAGAGGCGUGUUACUGGAGCGGCUAUUGCUGCCAUAGCCGUGGUUCUUGCAUCGUCGAGGCUUCCAUUCGGGAGAAUGUCGGCUCUGGAUUGGAAGAGGCAUGGAAUGGAGCUCUUCUCGCAGGGAGAUGUGUCUGGAUCUUUGGAGCAAUUCAACAAGGUGUUGGAUGCUUUCCCGGAAGAACUCCCUUAUCUGUGGCAGAGGGGACUUUCACUGUUCUAUCUCGACAGAUUUGAAGAAGGUGCUGCUCAGUUUCGAGAGGAUACAAAACUGGGGAACAACGACUCCGAGGAGGCUUUAUGGUGCUUCCUUUGUGAGGCCCGAUCUUAUAGUUUAGAGGAGGCUCGUCAAAGAAUCCCAGACACGGGUAAAGAUAGCAGGGCUUAUAUGAACCAAAUUUACAAGCUUUACAAACAAGGUGGUGAUCCUCAACAGCAGAUGCUGGGUAGCUUUCUAAAGGAAGAUAGAGGUCAAGCAUUCUUCUAUGCUUCCUUGUAUUCUGGGCUUUACUACGAAGCUUUGGGAGAAUUUGAACCAGCAAAGUCUGCUAUUAUGUCUGCGUGUGCAAGUAGCUACGGAUCAACGUCCCAAGAUUAUAUGGUGUCCGUAGCUAAAGUACAUUGCAAAACACGCAAAUGGUGCUAGUUCGGCCUCACGGUUGUGAACAUACUUUCUUAAUGCAUCUGAGUCGAUGUCUGUUACCUCCACAGAUGAGGGUGUGAAAAGUUGACGAGUCGACUGGA